AUGACGAACCUUCCUGGUAUCAUCUAUACUCGCUGGGGUAACGAUGUAUGUCCCGAAGAUGCAGAACUCAUCUAUUCAGGAUCUAUUGGAGGUGCACACUACAUUCAUACUGGUAGCGGCUCAAAUCAUCUCUGCAUGCCGGACGAGCCUAUCUAUGACGAAGUACAAGCUGGCUUACAUGAUCACCGAGCCCUACUUUACUCCUCUGAAUACGAAGUCCAUAGUGCUCCUUUACGCAUCCAACCAAUGCAUGACCACACUCCGACCUGUGCAGUCUGCAGGGCGCCCUCUGGCCGCACCAGCAAACUCAUGAUUCCUGCCCGCAACGUGUGUCCUUCUCAAGAGUGGCGUUUAGAGUACGCUGGUUAUAUUAUGGCAGCGAAAUACGAACACAAUAGAUCGGAAUUAGUGUGUGUGGACCGAGAGAUGGUUCCUAAAGCGGGUACCCUGGGGAAUCAGAAUGGUGCGCUGUUGUAUAUGACAGAAGUUCGGUGUCAGGUGGGUGAUGGCUUGGAUUGUGGACCCUACGUCGAUGGUUACGAAAUUACUUGCGCCGUCUGUACUAUCUAA